AUGGCGAGGUUACGUUUUCCUGGCCGUCCUGGCCAUCGUUUUGAUCGUUUAAGCCUUAAAUACUUCGCAGAUGACAUAAAGAACUCACAGGAUCCAUCUUUGGCAUUCUUGCCACAAUUCCAGCGUGGUCUGAAAUCAUUCAGGGACAUCGUUGGUUUGUCAGAUGAGGAUGAUGAAUUUGAAGGAUUCACAUUUGAAGAUGUUAAAGAUGGUGAGAAAAAGCUCAGAUUAUUCAAUAAAGAGCAGCAGAAGAAAAAGGAGAAAGAAGAGCAGUCAGCUGAAACAGGAGGCACUGCGUUGCCACGGGGAACCAGGCUAGGAAGUGCUCGUCUAUCUCUGGAGUCUUUACCAGCACCAGAAAAAAGUAGAGUGAAAAUUAAAACAGUUGAAGGAAAAUCAUAUAAAGAUUUAAUAAAAGAUGACAGUAAAAGUCCAGGAAAAGCUGGGAUUCAUCCUGUGAAAAUAAAAGGUGCAAAGAUAUUUGAUCACCGGAAGAAACCAAAGAAAUUCAAACUGGAUUAUAAACAUGGCCUUCAUGAUGUUCAUACCCCUGGAAGUAAAGCUAAAAAGUCUGAUAUGGAUAUGGCAAAAUUCUUGCUUGAAAAGGCAAAACAGGCAAAUAAAUUACAAGAACAGGCUAAAGCGCGCCGACUGGCAGCUGCCAGAAAACCCGUCCAAGUUCAGAGGAAAGAGUUUGUAUUACCAACGCAGAGUUCACGAUCAUCUCGUGUCAUUAAACCUAACAAGAGAUUUUUGGAAUCUGAUUCUGUUAAUACAACUGUGAUUAAAAAACCCAAACCAGAUGAAAUAUCUGAAACUACACCAGAAAAACUACCAGGCAAACCUGUAAUUGAAAGAAAGAAAAGUUUGGAUAGUUUCCGUCCGAGUUUUAGCGGCAGUCCAAAUAGUAUUGGUUUACUUGAUCAACCUCUUAUAGUUGAUGGGAAAAGAGACAGGAAACCAAGUUUGAAAUUGCAAAUGUCGGAUGACGAGUCUCCACUAUUUUCUCCAACAAAGUCAGCAAUGACAAGUCCGCUGGCAGCUCCUAAACUUGGAACCAGUCUGUUUUCACAGUCUCAGUUCCAGAAAGCAUCGGAGAAACAGAAAUUUAGCAUGAUGGGUUUUGGCACAUCAAGACUACAUGGGACGUCUAUUGUUCAGAAAGCCAAGUUACAACUUAACAGGGCAGCUUUGAAUAAAUCUAAAGCAGCGUUAGCAAGGUCGCUGAAAGCAGAGAUGAAACGUGAAGCCCAGUAUGCCGAACAAGCUAAACAGCUGGAAGUUGACACAGGUCAUCCCAUGACAGAUGAUACACCAGCUAAGGAAAAAGGCAGUGAAAAGAAGCGACUAAAGAAGAAGAGUUGUGCUGUUUGUGGGAAGAAAACGGACCUAGUUGUUUGUUACGACAAGAUUGUAGCCUGCUUGUCUUGUAGAAGAUUUUAUAAAGAAUGUAACUGGUUGAUUAAUGCUGGAACAUUCACCAGGCCACACUGUAUGCAAAAUGAUAAAUGCAGGUUGAAGCCAGACAAAGUAAAGUGCAGAUUCUGUCGAAUAAGGAAAGUGCUUCAGGUCGGUUUUCCACCAAUAGCUCAACUGACUGAGCUGUUCAAAGAUGAGAAUGGUGUAGAGAAACCCACUACAGUAGAAGAACCACAACAGACAGAGGGCAUCGCUUUCCCGCCUGUGAAGAAAGCGGUUAAGAAGGGAACACCGUUACAGUCGCCUGUACCCGAUACACAACCUUCCUUUACUACACCGCCUGUAGUACGGGAAACAUCAGACAACACGCCUUCAAAAGAGCAAGAGUUGUCUCCCCUGAAAGCAGGUGAAGGGUCAGAGAAACGACAGAGGAAGAAGAGGGCAUUUAAAGAGUUAUUGCGAAAUAAACAGGAAAAGGUAGAGGAAACGGAGCCGGUUCAUCAAGAAAAACCAGCAAUUCAAGAGCCACCACCUGUUGUAGCAACUGGUAGUGUUGAAAUCUCCCCACGUGGUGGUCCGGGGCCGAGAAUUAAACACGUGUGUCGUAAUGCUGCAGUUGUAUUGGGGCAACCACUAGCCACAUUUCCUGAGAAGUCUGAAUUACGACUGAGUGCCCUACCAACUAAAGAUAAAGUACAGCUAUGGAAAAAGGAUGAAGAAAGUAAAGCAGCCAAUGAAGAUUCUGAUGACGAUCGACCGAUGGAGGAGAUAAUUCAGCAGUCCGGUGAUAGUGUGGUGAUUGUGAAGAAAUCGCCAGUGAAGAGCAAGUUGAGCAAGAAACUGACAGGGGCCGGUGGUCUACAUCUGUACAAGAGGAGAAUGAGAUGUCGGCAAUGUCCUGGCUGUCUGAGACAAGACUGUGGAAAAUGCCGGCAUUGUUUAGAUAAAACAAAAUUUGGUGGAGCAGGAGUCCUAAAACAGGGAUGUUUGGAACGAAGAUGUUCCAAUCCGUUAAUCCAACGUUCAGCUACAGAAGCAUUUAUUGUUGAAAAGAAGAAGGAUACUGUUGAAUCUAGAGUAAACAAUAAACAGGUGUGUCCUGAACGGACCAGGGAUCGGCCAGAAAGUGAUUUAACAGAAGGUCAUAGUGAAUUCACACCCAGUGCUGGUCUGGAACCAGUCAUUCCUGGGUCAGAGGUCACCCCGACUGUGUCCGGACUUGAAACACAGACUGGUACUCUUCUAGAGGAUGAGACACAGUCAAAUAACAAUAUUGUAGAGAAACCAAAUGAAAAUAUACCGUCAAUCAGUGAGGAGAAACCUCCACCUGUGCAAGCAGGUUCUCAAAUGUUUGGUUUAGAAACGAGGCAGAAAACAGCUGCCAGGGGUCAAGUGUCAACUUUUAGAGGUCAAGGUUCGGAGGUGAGGAAGUUGACGUUUGAAGAACUGCCAAAUUUCCAGUUAGAAAGAAUAUCAUCCAGAAAUAAGGAACCUGGAAAGAUAUCAUCUAAGUUAAUGAAGAAGUUGGAAACACAGCAGAAAUAUUCAAAGAAGGAAGGAGGGAAUGAUGGUCAGUGUUACCCAGUGACAUUACAGUCAGUGUUGCCUGCAUCAAGACAGUGGGGAAGUCUUCUCUCACAGCCAAAAUACUAUCCUAUCAAAGUGGACUUCAAGGGUAAAUGUGACCUUGGUUCGGCUUGGAAUUAUGGGAUGGCUCUCACAAUGUCUAAUGUCACCAGUGUGAGAAGUCUGUGUUUCCUGUGUGGUAGUGCUGGCAAACAUGAGAUGAUCUAUUGUAACAUUUGCUGCGAACCAUUCCACGAGUUCUGUUUAGAGGAUUGGGAGCAGCCGUCCCCAGACCACUACAAUGACUGGAUAUGUGCAGCCUGUCAAUUCUGUCAUGUUUGUGGACGCCAAAAUAAUCUGUUACAAUGUGAUAAAUGUCAAAACACAUACCAUCCUGGUUGCCUGGGUCCCAAUUAUCCCACCAGACCUUCAAAGAGAAAAAACAUUUGGAUUUGUACAAAGUGUGUAAAAUGUAAAAGUUGUGGAGCCACUACACCAGGCUCGGAUUCACAGGCCACAUGGACAUACGAUUUCUCCUUGUGUUUCGAGUGUGGACGGUUGAUGGACAAAGGAAAUUUCUGUCCUAUAUGUCGGAAAUGUUACUCUGAUGACGAUUGGGAGUCAAAAAUGAUACAAUGUAACAUGUGUGAGAGCUGGGUACAUUCUAAAUGUGAAGGCCUUACAGAUGAAAUGUAUGAGAUAUUAUCAUAUUUGCCAGAAGAUCUCUCGUUUUACUGCCGGAAAUGUUUUCCCGUGGGGUGUCCAGAGUGGGAGAGUACGCUGAAACGAGAACUGAGGCUGGGCCUGGAAAACAUACUUCAGUCAUUGAUAUUGUCAAAAUCUUCACAAUACAUACUUAAACAGGAAAAGAAGUCUCCACCAAAACAACCAAUGCUGCCUUCACAUCAAACUCCAGAAAAACAAAAUAAUUCAUGCACAUUAACGAAUAGAAAUAAUUCAUUUGCAUUAAUUAAUAAAAAUAAUACUGAAGCAAAUCAAGAUAGAGUAAAAAGGAAUAUAAAAAGCUUCGAAAAAAUUAAACAACUGCUCAAAGGUGGAGCUGGAAAAGAAUUGACUAAUUACACAAAGGAAGAGGUAGAUUCUGGUGAUGUGAAAGUAGAUACCCCAAACGAAGAUUCUAUUGGAAAUUGUCUGGAAACUGGUAGUAAAUUAGUGCAGUCUUGUGUAACUCAGGAUGAAAAUAAAGUUUGUGUUUCAACAUCAAAGGACACUUCUGUUACUGUGGAAACUGAUAACUGUUCUGGUGAUAAUGCACUGUCUCAGACAAGUGGUAGUGUUGUUGGAGAUAGGACAAACGUAACUGAAAGUUCUGAGAAUGUGAUAGUAACUAUAAAUACUGAAGAGGAAAAGCAUAGCUGUGAUAAUGCAAUGGAAACUGUGAGUGGAAGUUGUGCCUCAGGUGGAAGUUGUACCUUAAAUGGUAGUUGUAUUGUUGGAUCUGAAUCGGGUCAGUGUGUAGAUAGAGAAGUGGGAGGUAAACCAGUGAUCUGUGAUAAACAAAAUGUUUGUGAUCUUAAUGUUGUUCAUGAUUCAAAAGGAGAACACACUCAAGAAGUAAAACAUAGCAGUAAUGACAACAAAGAUCUGCAAAAAACUGAAAAGUGUGAUCCGUCAAGUAGUGAACAUUUAUGUCCUACUGAUAACAAAAGUGCUGAAAAAUCUGAGAUUAUUUAUUCUGAAAAUGUGUUAGAUGAAGUUAAGAAUGAGAGAACUGAGGUAAGCCAGGGAAAUGUUUUACAUUCAGUAGGUGAUGACAAACUUCCAACAGCUUUAAAGCAAUGUCUGACUGCUGAUGAAAAUAAACGAGAUGGAAAUGUAGACAGUUCAGGUGUAAAGGAAUUGCCAGGCAAUAAAACUGAAAGUACAGGAACAACAGAGAGUGGAAAUGGAGGGGAAGUUGUCCCAAGAAGAAGUAAUCGUGUUCAAUUUAAUGUGAAUGAAGUUAUAGAUAGGAGUGUUGCAGGGCCGGUUCAACAGACAGACAAUAAUUAUCCGAAAGACUUGAUGGAAAUUGCCCAAAAGAUGAAAACUGGUGACUACAAGAGUGUGGCAAUAUUUUGCGAGGAUAUAUUACAUGUAAUACAAACAUACCUGGACAAUGAGGAAGAGUCAAGGGCAUCCAGGAAGAAAGCCACACAGUCUGCUAAAUCUAUAUUUGUCAAGCAACUAGAGAAAAUAUUUCCUUGGUUCAAUGUGAAGACUUGCAGACAUUGGUACAGCAUGAGAAGUUUACCAGAUGGGAUGUUACCGGAUGCCACACUUCCUCCAAGCACAGACCAUACCUACGCUCAGUGGUUAGAGCGUGUUGAAACACCCAGGUCACCUCAACCAUCACCAUUUAAGAGGAGGACUGCAACACCUGUUAAAAAAUACAUGCCUAUUGAUGAGGAGGACUAUGAGCUAGGUCAGUUGUUUGAAGGUGACGAUGAAAGGAAAUGCAUGUUCUGUCAAACAUUCGGGGACCAGGAAGCUAAUGAUGCUGGAAGACUGUUGUACUGUGGCCAGGACGAUUGGUGUCAUAUAAACUGUGCCUUGUGGUCUGCUGAGGUGUAUGAAGAUGCCGAUGGUGAAUUAAUGAACCUUGUAGAGGCCUUCAGUAGAGGCAAAAUGCUGAGAUGCGAUUUGUGCGGUAAAACUGGAGCAACCGUUGGAUGUAAUACUAAAGGUUGCAAGGCAAAUUACCACUUCAUGUGUGCACGGCGGGACCAGUGUAGGUUCCAGGAGGAUAAGAAGGUCUUCUGUAAGAUGCACAGAAUGUAUAUAGAUGCAGAGUUGCUGACAGCAGAUCGUUUCAAUGUGUUACGGCGAGCCUAUGUGGGUACGCUGUAUGUCAGGAGCGUGAAGAAACGCUGGUCUAAAGGUCUUCACUGUGGCGAUGUCAGUGUUCUUAUGGGUUCGUGUUGUGUAGAAGGUCUCGGAAGAUUGACAGAUUUAUCUGACAAACCAAAAUUCCUACAGCCAGUAGAUUUCAUAACAACACGAAUGUACUGGAGCACGAAGGAUGCCAGGAGGAGAUGUGUGUACACAUGCCGUAUUGUUGAAGUUCGUCCAGAGGCACUGAAGUCCCCAACUAUCACAAUCAAAGAUAUGAGAAUUGUUCAUGAUCAAAACCAUCCUGACUUUGUUCCGAUUUCAAAUCUGGACCUCACUGGGAUCAAUUCGGUCUCUGAACAGCACCAUCUGACAGGUUGUGAAACAGAUUCGGAAAGCCCAUUUGUUGACUUGACUGCUGAUUCUGCAGAACUGACCGCUGACACUGCCGAUCUAACUGCAGAUUUAACUGCGGACACUGCCGAUCUGACUGCAGACUCUACAGGUCAGUUAGGAACUCUGUCUGCCAAGGAACAAACAAUGGAUAUAAGUUAUGACAAAUCACAAAAGUCAGAAACUGCUCUGACUCUGCAAACUAACACUAGUAAUGGUAACAAAGUUGAUGAAAAUUCACAGAGAAGGGCAAGCUUCAGUGGCUUACCAUCAGAAAGUAAAGUUUCAAAAGAAUCGGACAAGCUAAGCAUGUCAUGGCCCUGUAGCAAUGCAAAAUCUUCGAGCGAAAAACCAGUACAGGCAAACUUAAGUUUUUUGUCUCCAAAUACUUUAAAAAUGUUAAAUAUUAAGGAUCCAAAUAAAUUUAUUAAACCAGUGCAAAGUGCUGAGACAGACGAAGAGGAAUUUAGUCUGCUAAAGGUAGCCGAUAGAUUAAAUAGAGCUGCUGCUAAAAGUUCAAGGCGAAAAAGUGAAGAGAGAAGCUCACCACUGCUUGCCAGAUCAGAAGGUAACUCCCCACUGCCAGUUAGAGCUCACUCCAGGUCUCCAUCAUUUGAAAGAGGCUCACCAAUGUUGACAAGACCGUUUUCACCCAUUGCUUGCAGCAGACAGAGGUCACAGUCUGGUGAUAGAAGUACUGAAGUUCAGCCAUUUCAGCCAACGUGUAGUCUUCAAAACAAAUUCACAUCUCUGCUUGCAAGUCUCCCAGAAAAACCAUUUAAUCCACCAGCUAGGAUGCUUGCAAGAUCUAAAUCCUUGUCUAUAGAAAAAGAAUUUUUAGUGUCAAAAUCAGCAGCUAAAACUUCAGAUAUAAGUGAACCAUUUUUACCAGCGUUGCAGAGUGAUUCUCGACAUUGUAUAAGGAGAGGAAGAUCUGUGUCUGACCCAGUUGAUGUUAUGCCAAAGCCAGUUAGUUUUUCAUCCCCAGUUACUAGUAAGGAAAAUGUUGAUCAAAAGAAAUUUGUUCUUUCAGACAUCAGUACAGAUAAUGAAGGAAGUGUUAACUUGAACACCUCCUUACAUAACAACACAGCAUCAGUAGAAACAGAAAGUCAGAUCACUGAAACAGAGAACAGUGAACCUAGUGAAAUUACUGAAACAGAAAAUGAAAGUUCUGAAUUGAUAAUUGAAUGUGACUUAAAUGACACAAGUCAGAAUAGUGAGGAAGUAGAUGAAACUACUGAAACAAUUGUAGUUAUGACAGAAAGUGGUGAAAGUUUAAGUGAAGAAGAUGCAAUAAAAAUUGUUCAGGAUAUGAUAGAACAAAGGAAUUCAUCUCUUGAAACAGAAGAAGACCAAGAUCAAGAUGCUGAAACCACAGAGAGUAAACAAACUGACACUGAAGAUAUUCUGGAUACUAAUAGUGGUGCUGAAUGUGAAAAUGAUAUGAAGAAUGAAUGUGAUGAUUCAGAGAAUGGGAAUGAACAUCCAGAUAGCCCUUUUAUUCCUCAGAUUGAAAAUGAAAGUAUUGGUAAUGAGAGAGUCAGAAGAAAUACUGGUGAUAAGAGGGCAGGUGAUACCAUAGAUAGUUUAGGUGUCACUGAAAACGAAGACCCAACAACAUCGCAUGAAAGCCAGACAGACUUUACAAACAUGUUAGAGAAAAAUGAUAAUGAUGUUACUAAAGAUGCAAGUUUAGAUGUCAAGAAAAAUGAGGAAGUGAAAGUGAUUCUUAUAGAUACGUGUUCUGACUCUGACACUGAAAAUGAUAUAACUGACAUUACAGAUUCUGUUGUUAACACUGGUACUGUAAAUAAUGAGUCUGAAACAGAAUCUGGUAAGAAUGAAAUAUCUGAAGUACAGUCGGAGGCAAAUUUAUCAGAGAUGGUGGAAAAUGAAGAUGCAAUGAAAAGAAUAGUAUAUGAUUUAGACGAAUCCAUAGAUAGUGAUAUUGAAGUGCUUGAUGAUUUAAAUAUGAUAGACAAAAAGGAAAGUAAUUCUCAGAUGAGUUGUGAAAAUAGGAAUACUAAUAAUUAUAAUUGUCCAGUUGGAAUAAAGGAGUCUGAAACAGCUGGUUUGGUAUCCAUUGAAUGCAGUAAUAAUGCUGUACAUUCAGAUAACGCUUGUAAAGAAGAUAUGCUGGUUAGAACAGACGUGAAUAACGAAAUAUGUAUGAAUGAAGAUGAGAUUGAUGGAGAUGCCUCAAAAAACACUACUCAGAUCGAAGAAGACAUAAAACAGAUUACUGAAACUCAAUCUAGGCACAAUGAGAAAGCAACCACUUGUAUUUUACAAUCUUGUUCUAAGAACUUGCAGGAAAAACAGAAUAGUAACAAAGAAAGUUCUCCACAAGAUAGUUUGCCUGAAGAGGUUGUUGUUAAUGAAUUAUCAGACGAAGAAGUACCAGAAUUGGAAAACUGUAAUGAAAACCUUGACUCUUCAAAAGAGGAGGUUUUAAGAGGAUUGGGUCUGGGUACUUUUGAUGAGGUGGAAAGGUUAAAGAAUUCUCCACAGAAAUCCCCCUGUAUGCCAGUAUUACUACCUGAAGUGAAUAAGAAAUGUUCGAAAAAGUCGCCAGUAAAAUCAUACCCAUUGAGGAAGAACACAUCAUCAGGUAGGUUAAGAAUAGAUGGUGUCUGUAAUUCAAAGUCUGGAAAUGAAAAUAAGGAUUCUGUAAAUGAGUCUGAAGAGUUAGAACAAGAAAUUUACAAAGAACUUUCACCUGAAUUGCCAGUUCUGGAUCCGAUUGCUAAAAAGAUUAAAGAAGAAAGCAUAGCAAAGAGCUGUCCUGAAGAGAAAGGUCCUUUUAAAUGUUCAAAAUGUCGCAGACAGUAUAGGACUGAGACUAGUUACUUGGUCCAUGUUGAAAAUUGUAAUUUCCUUGUAAGUUCAAGUGAUGAUGAAGACACAAAUCUAGAUGAUGAUGACAAGUUUAAAACAGAACCAAAAGAACUUAGAAGUACUAGGUCAAAAGCUAAAAUCUUACAGGAGGAGAAGGACCAGAAGAAAGAAAACAUAUGCAGCUCAGACGAUAAUGUUGAAAAUAAAAGGACAACAUUGAGAAGAAGUACGCAGUUCCAGCGGGUUGCUAUUGAAGUUGCAGAGAAACAAGAAGAGGAAACCCCUAAACGUGGCAGAGGGAGACCACCCUUUAAGCAUAAAGACAGUUUAGAGUUGGACAAAGAUAAGCACCAGAAAGAACUUAUGUCAAAGGAAACAUUUGCAAGCAAGGCUGGUGCCCCACAUAUAUCAGAAAAUCCUGAUUUAGUAGUAAAAAAAUGUAGAGGCAGACCAAGGAAAAGUGAAAUUACUUAUAAGAGUAUGGAAGGUGAAUCAGAAAAUAUAGAAUUCGUAGAGGAAAAAGUUUCUGUCAGGGAAACAAGGAGAAAAUCUAGAGAGGCUAAAAUCCUUGAAAAUCUGUCACAAAGCAGUGAGUCGGAGCAAGAUGAAAAACAUGACCAAGAAAAAAGUAUUGUAAAAAGGAAAAGGGGUCGUCCAAAGAAAAUUGAUGUCAAUCCAAGAGUAGUAAAAGAUGAUAGUGCUGAUGAAGAACCACCAGUUUCAAAACGAAAGCUAAGAAAUAGUGUCGAUACUGACGCUGAAAAGCAUUUAGCUAAAGAAAAUUCUCUUGAUGUGACAGACUCAUGCACUAAUUUUCAGCAAAUGAAAGAUGAUCUUAAAUCUCAGAUUGAAAAAAUUAGAACUAGUCGUUAUAGGCCUGCAAAGAUGGUCCAUAUGAAAACAAGAAAUAAAACCAUACGCAUAUAUGUUAAAGAUAGUAAAAAGUUAAGGGAUGGAAAUAAUAAAUUUGGUCUUAAAGCUGUUUCUGUUCGACUGGAAAAGACGGAUUGCUUACAUACCGGCAAAGAGGUAACAAAAGUAGAGAAAAAGUGCAAUAAUGAUGGAAUAUCAACAAGUAAUAAUAACAAUUCUCUAAGUGAAAAGAAAUGUCUCACAGAAACACCAAAGCCAAGAGGGAGGGGACGGCCACCAUUGCAAAGAAAGGUCAAAGCAGAGAAUGAGUUGAAUGUAGAAAAAAUGGAAAUUUGUGAAAAAGUGAAUGACAGUCAUAAAGAAGAAGUUGCAAAAGUAAAAAGAUUGCGAUCACCCACAUUGAAAGAUGAGAGUGUGGAGGAAGAAAAAAUUGAUCAAAGCUCUGAGGAAGACCAUAAAGAUGAUUCUGAACAAGAUCUGAAUAUAGGGAAUACUUCUGUAAACAUUGAAGAUGACCUCGAAAAUGAAAUUGACUCUGGUAUUACUCAAGAACAGGAGAGUUCUGAUGAAGGAGAUAGUAUAUUGGAUGAGUCAACUGGGUGGAUCGUUGACAAGAAAACUGGAGAGAUGAUCAGGAGUCCAACACAAAGAAACACUGAUGAAAAUCAGUUAGAAAGUGAAGGCAGUAAUAAUGAAAAAAGUGAUGAAAGAGAAACAUUAGCAGCUGAAAUGGACAAGAACAGUACUACACAGCAGAAUAGUUCAAAACAAUUAUGUCUUUCUGUUGAGAUUCAUAAUACAGUUGAAGACAGUACUGAAAAUGCAGAAGAUGAAAUGAAAGGGAUUGAAGGAAACAUGGACAGUGACAAUGCAGCAGAGGGAAAAGAUCAAGAAAAUAAGGAUACAUUUAGAUUUAAUAGUCCACAAAUGAAAGAGAAAAAAAUUGAUGAUAAUGAUUGUGUAAUGGAAAUGGAGGUAGAAGACAGUAUUGAAAAUCCAACUAGUGAAAGAAAGAAACAGAUGGAUGAAGGUAAAACUGAAAAUAAUGCAUUAGAAUUGCAGGGACAAGUUGAUAAUGAUGGAAAUAAUGGUUCUGACAUUUUAUCAGCUUCAGAAGUAAAAGCUCUAAGUGAACAAGGGGCCAUUCAGUCGAUGGAAUUUAAAGAUGCUACAGAUAAUUUACCUAAUACUGUUUUGAAACUACUGAAAGAGGGACACAAAGUUGUUAUCAGAAAUCCUAAAUUAAACAAAUGUUUCAUGUGGCAGAAAACUGCAGAUGGGUACAUUGGAAAACCUUUUGACAAAAAACUUUGCAAGAGUCCAUUAGUUAAUCAAAAACAUGAUACGAGUUUAAGCCAACAGCACAGCAGCAAAACAAACAAUAAUGUGUCUAAUGGUAUUUCUGAAAAAUUCCCUGAUCCGCAGGUUUCAAAUCCAAGACUGCAAACUGCUUCUGAAAUUUUAAAGGAAAGGAAAAAAUCUGAAGCAGAGCAAACACAUCAAAAACAAAGUCUUGAGACAUUGGCAUUAGGACAGGGUAGGGAGAAGCUAAUUGAUAAACCAGAAAUACUGAAAAGAAAAGCAAAGUUUGUUGUUGAAAAUAUAGAAAGAUUGAUAGAAACAAACAAAAAAGCAAAAGCACGAGCUUUACUUCCAGAAAGACUGCCGAGAGGCUCUGCAGAGUAUGUAGGUGGAAUAUUGAUAUCACCUCCGAAGUCUGUGUCAGUUGAUGAAGUCAAGCAGACCAUACAAAGUACAGCCCCAAUAGCUUCAAAUAUGUUGCAAAAUACACUUAUACAAAACAAACUUGUUAACAACUACCAAGCAAGUAUGCAGAAUUUACAAAACUUCUCUAGUUCAGUUUCUAUAGCAACACAGUCUAGUUAUCCGACAUUACAGCAGCACCUGCAGACUGGUACUGUGAGAAUGUUUACCCAGAAUGAUCUACAGACUGUGACCCAGACUGCUCUUCAACCAUUUCCACAAGUCGGUCAACAAAAUAUCACCCCAGCUGGUUACAGUAACAUAUCUCUGAGCAGUUUGCAAUCGUUAUCUCCAGUUAGUCAACAGUAUGCCUCACAGAUGGUGCCAUCAGCAAUGAUACAACAGUCGUAUCAGCCAGUCCAGAUGCAGCCGGUACCACAGAUUCCUUCCCUUGAGAUGGGAAUGUUAAGUAUUCCUGUGAUGCCAUCUGUCGGUUUCUCAAAUGCUCAGCUUGUACAGACUAUGAGUACAAUUAACCCUAAUGUAUCUCAGCCAUUUUUGAACACAAAUUCACAGCAGUCAUUCGUAAAUACCCCAUCAUCAACAUCAUUAAUAGUAAAUCCCCAGAUCUCACAGCCGCUUCUAAACACUCAUUCACCACAGACUUUAUUAAAUCAGUAUGUAACACAGACUGUGUUAAGUCCACAACCGUCACAAACAAUGGGCAGUCAGUUUGUUUCUGAGUCACAGACGGUGUUAAAUCAACUAUCACCUCUGCAACAUGCUAACGUUAAUCAACUUUCACCACGGCCACAAGCGAUGGUUAAUCAGUUGUCAUCACAGUCACAAUCAAUUAAUCAUCUCUUAUCUCGGCCGCAAACAUCAGCAGAUAAUCAAGUAGGAUCACAGCUGCAGGUGGCUCAAACAGUGAUUAAUCAACUCUCAUCUCGGCCUCAAGUUUCACAGACAGUUGUAAGUCGGCAUUCAUCACCACCGCGUUCAUUUGCACAGCCACGACCAAUCUACAACCAGACGCAAAUCGUCAACAGAAAUUCUGGUAGCAAUGUAACUUACCAUUCUAAUGUGCCAAAAACUGUACAGGAAAUUGAACAAAAAGUAAUUGACAGACAGAAACUGUAUUCAGUAUUAAAGCAGAACUUGUCUUCACAUCAUGGAGUUAAAAAUAGUGAAUCAGACACAAAGAACUCUGCGCCAUAUUUCAGUGUGUUUCCUGGGCUGGGUGGGGGAUCAAAUACCUUGAUAAAGAAGAUGCACACAUACUUGGCUUCAAAGCACGGCUUUAACUCCUCGCCUACUUAUAAAAAGAUAAAACCAUAUGCUGUGACACCAGCCGACUCAAAUGGAAUUGUUCAAGCAAGGCAGCAAACUGGCGUCGACUCUGAUAAGCAAAAGGCAAAGAAGCGUCUGUCUCGAAAGUUGAAAAGGGAGAUAUCUCCAAGAAAAUGGAGAAGACCCUACAGGAAACGAAAUCCAAGUCCGAAAGUUGCAAGCGGGAUAGCACUGCCUCAUAAAUCAGAUAAAGCCAGUCAUCCAAUGAUUCAUGGUCCAAAGGAAGUGACAUCACUUCCUGUUGCAGCUGUGGAGGAAGAAGUGAGAGAUGUGCCGCUGUCAGCGCUAGACGACAAUGAAGGUAGACAGUCUGGUGUAGGUGGGACAAGUCAAAAUCUAGGACAUCUAGAGUAUGAGAUCACUAGUGAUGACGGGUUUAGCUGUAGAAGUGAUACACUGGAUGGUGCAUGGAAGCAGGUAACAGAGAAGGUACAGGAUGCUCGUACAGCCAGUAGACUGAAACAUCUCUCCUACGCUGGUUUGUCAGGUCUGCAGAUGUUUGGGCUUAGUCACCCAAGUGUUGUAUACUUGGUGGAGCAGUUGUAUGGAGCUAGUUACUGCCGCAGAUACAAGUUUAAAUAUCACAGUCAUGAAAUGGAGGAGAGAGAACUCGAAUUGGUAAAUCCAUCUGGAUGUAUAAGAACUGAGCCAUUCAGUGGACGUAAUCCCUCAGACAUGUUCAGUUUCCUUAUGUCACGAUAUCGGACGUUACCGGAAUAUUGUGACCGGGACGUUGAUGAAGAGAUUGCGAUGAAGUCAUCAAGGAGAGCCACAAGUAUGGAUCUACCAAUGGCGAUGAGGUUCAGGAAACUCAAGGGUUUCUCAAAGGAGUGUGUCGGUGUAUACAGGUCCACAAUCCAUGGCCGUGGCUUAUUCUGUAAGAGAAAUAUUGAUGCAGGGGAGAUGAUUAUAGAAUAUGCAGGGGAGGUAAUUAGGAACUCCAUGACAGAUAUACGUGAAAAAUACUACGAGAGCAAGGGUAUAGGAUGUUACAUGUUCCGUAUAGAUGACACAGAUGUUGUUGAUGCUACAAUGAAAGGCAGUGCUGCCAGAUUUAUCAAUCAUUCAUGUGAUCCCAAUUGUUACUCGAAGGUGAUAACUGGAAACAACAGGAAGCAUAUUGUCAUUUUUGCAAUGAGAAAGAUUUUACGAGGGGAGGAGUUAACGUACGACUACAAAUUUCCUAUUGAAGAAAUAAAGAUACCAUGUACAUGUGGAGCUAAACGUUGUAGAAGAUACCUGAAUUAGACUGUGAAUUUAUCCGCAACCCAGCCUAGAGACUUUACUCCAAAAGGAAAAUUAAUUGACAUAGAUUGACGAGCGAGGGGAAAUAACAACAGCGGAAACAGUCCAUAUUGUGCGUUGUCAAUGAAUAACCAGUGGAUCAGUAUUCCUGCUAGUAUUCAGUAUAGGGCAGGGAGUAAAAUUUUUAUAAUGUAAGGGGAAGUAAGGACAAAACAGAUAGAGUUGUUUUUACAUUAAAAAUUUUAUUUAUUAUCUUGGAUGUUAGAGGAAAAUGCUAUUGAAAAUAUGAAGAAUCUCCACUUUGUUACCAAAUUGCAUGAUGGGAAAAAAAUGUUGCAUCUUCAAACCUCACACUUGUUUGAUGUCAACAUCAUACUUAAUAUGACACUGCUAGAGUAAAGCAUGGAAAAGCAGUUUUUAAUCCCCCGCCGUAGCGGAGGGAUUAUAGGAAUGGUCUGCAUCCGUCCGUCCUUCCGGGCUAACAAAUUGGUACUUGAGUGUCUAGCAGGUUAGGGUUUGGACUCUUUGUUUAUAUGACAGUCACUUUAAAAAGUGUCCAAAAGUGGGUUUAUGUGACUAAUUUUUGGGUUUAUGUGGCUAAAAUUUAACACAGAAAAGUCACUUUAAGUAUCAUACCGUGAGUACGUCCGUCCUUCCGUCCGUAACAAAAUCGUGUCCGGUCCAUAUCUCCUAAACCCCUUGAAGGAUUUUCAUGAAACUUGGGUCAAAUGAUCACCUUAUCAAGACGAUGUGCAGAACCCAUGAGUCAGCCUUGUCAGUUCAAGGUCAAGGUCGCAACUCAAGGUCAAAGGUUUGAGCCUGCCAUUUUGUGUCCGCUCUAUAUCUCCUAAACCCCUUGAAGGAAUUUUAUAAAACUUGGGUCAAAUGAUCACCUCAUCAAGACGAUGUGCAGAACCCAUGAGUCAGCCAUGCCAGCUCAUGGUCAAGGUCACAACUCCAGGUCAAAGGUUUGAGCCUUCCUUUUUGUGUCCGCUCUAUAUCUCUUAAACCCCUUGAAGGAAUUUUAUAAAACUUGGGUCAAAUGAUCACCUCAUCAAGACGAUGUGCAGAACCCAUGAGUCAGUCAUGCCGGCUCAAGGUCAAGGUCACAACUUAGGGUCAAAGGUUUGAGCCUUCCAUUUUGUGUCCGCUCUAUAUUUCCUAAACCCCUUGAAGGAUUUUCAUCAAACUUGGGUCAAAUGAUCACCUCAUCAAGGCGAUGUGCAGAACGUAUGAGUCAGUCAUGUCGGCUCAAGGUCAGGGUCACAACUGAAGGUCAAAGGUUUGAGCCUUCCAUUUCGUGUCCGCUCUAUAUCUCCUAAACCCCUUGAAGGAAUUUUAUAAAACUUGGGUCACAUGAUUACCUCAUCAGAAUGAUAUGCAGAAAUUAUGAGUCAACCAUGCCAGCUCAAGGUCAAGGUCACAACUAAGGGUCGAAGGUUUGAGCCUUCCAUUUGGUGUCCACUCUGCAUCUCCUAAACCUCUUGAAGGAUUUUCAUCAAACUUGGGUCAAAUGAUCACCUCAUCAAGAACUCAUGAGUCAGCCAUGUCAACUCAAGGUCAAGGUCACAACUGAAGGUCAAAGGUUUCAGCUCUGUAUCUCCUAAACCCCUUGAAGGAUUUUCAUGAAACUUUGGUCAAAUGAUCACCUCAUCAAGACGUUGUGCAGAAUUCAUGUCAGUUCAAGGUCAAGGUCACAGCUAAAAUCAAAGGUUUACCCUUCCACUAUCCAUAGCAGUGGCGGGGGAUUUAGCUGUCUUUCAGACUGCCUUGUAUAAUUUGAGCCCUACCUUGGGGAAAAUGAAUGUUAGAAGUAAUGUCCUUGUUUUGAACUACUCUUUGUAGAAAACAGUAAGGAGUGAUUAAACUAUACUUUAGUCCUUUGUUUGCUUGCCGUGCUCUGCUGCCAGUUUGAAUCUACACUUAGGGUGUUGAAUUUUUCCAUGUAAGGCAGUCAUCCAGCCACCUUACAGAUCAGUGGUUGUACGGAGGUCUCUGCCCGUGCCUAAGAUAUUGAUGGGCACAUGGGUGGUUCUUCCUCCACCUUCAAAGCUAGAAAAAAAUCACGGUAUGACCUAAAACUGUUUUAGAGUGAGUUAAGCCCAACAAAACAAAUUGAUUCUUUGUAGAAAUACCAUAUCUAUGAAUUUGUUACAUAUAUGCAAGUGUUUUUGUAUAGCAGUUGUUGAUCUAAUGGUGAUGUAUGUUUUGUACAUAUUAAUAAAAAUGCUGCUUGUUUCAUGUAACAUUUUUAUCCGAAAAAGGAUUUUUGAUUAAAUGAUUUACAUGUAAUUGUUCACUAUAUUUUUCAGUCUUUCAGAGAUGUAUAAAUGGCAAGAUGUCUUACCAAAUAAUUUUUAAUUUGCUGUUGUAAAAAUAAAUGAAUGCUUCAAGAAUGCUAAGUUUCUUUUAUAUUGUUACAGAAAGUUUUUGUAGUAGAACUUGUAAUAAUGAGAGGUUGCAUGGCUGUCAAAUUUAGGUAUGACACAUACAUAGUUAAAGUUUCUGCCCUAGAAUUUGCAUAGCAUUGUAGUAGGAGUAAAGGCAUGCUUUUGCUGUUCACUAAACGUUAAUUCUUGGUUUUGAUGUUCACUGCCCUCCAAAAUGUUCUUUUUUUUUACAGACAGGCAAUUUCAUUAUGAAAUAAGUUACCUCAACAGGUGAAUCUUUCCCUUCAUGAUUGUGUUCUGAAAAAAGCAGUUACAGUAGCAUUGUGUGUUCAAAAAAAAAAAAUGGGAUGCCUUAUAAAGACAUACCUAGGUGAACUGAAGAGUCAAAAUUGCUAAAUUAAAUGUUAAAGUUAUCAGUGAAACACUGCAUAUAGUGGCUUUAUUUCCACAAUGCUGUCACUAGCUCUUUGAUAGUUUUUGGAAACAAUGUUUAAAGAUUUCAGUGUCAUUGACUUUAAACUACUUAUAGCCUUUUUGAACUAAAAUUUAGCCAGUCUAUGUUAGUUCUACUAGGCCACACAUUCACCAUCGUCAAGAGUUAUAGAGACAAUCAUACCUAAUGACAUUAAAAUCUCAAUUUUACCAAAAAUUGACUUGGGACAUUGUGGAAAUAUAGUGAAAAAAUUUAAUUAUUUUGUUAAACUUGCUUGUUAAAGACAGCAUUUUAUGUUCAGAUUUUUAGAUAGUAUAGUAAAUGUUAUAUUUUGUGUCAGUUUCAUGUACAGAGACUGGUCUUGGGCAUUUUCCAUUUAUUGCAUUUAUCUGGUAUAGUACCUUCAAGGUGAUAAAUACCAUUCAAGAUUUUAUUUCCGUUGAGCGUGUUCUGUAUAUCUUUCAAAUCCAUUUAUGUUUAUUAAUGCAACAUUUUUCAUUGAAUUUAUAGCAUUAAGAAGGGAUAGUACCUUUAUAAAGGGUCACUGUGGGUGCUGUGUAUUUACCACCAGUGUGUGUUCUCUAUUUAUUUAGUUGUCUCAUAUUUUAUCAAAUUUUCUGUUUUAAAUCUGUACACACAGUUAUGUUUCUUUUGCAGUAAUAAUUAGAUAUCCUCUUUUUCCACAUCAUGUUAGUUUUAGCUCGACUGAACAAUAGGUAGAGCUAUAAUUAGACUCGCCCAUGCGUCGGCGACCCAGUUUGGUUAAGUUUUAGCAUGUAACCACUCUUUAACCACUAGUAAUGGAUUGAUUUGCACAGGUUCCAUAGCUCUGCUUUCUUACAAAAUUAUGCCCUUUUUUUUUUAACUUUUAAAGUAAUUCAGUUGGCAAGGCUGUUUUAAUAGUCGAGUGUUACUGCCCUCCAACAGCUCUUGUUAGGUUACAAAUUUCUUUGAAAACAACAAAUGUUCGAAAGAGGUGUGGCAGUAAUCAAAAACACUUAAUUAUCUAUAAGUAGUACUUUUUUUUUCCAGAAAAUAGUUCUUUCAGCAUGUGUAUAAAGUCCACAACUAGCAACUUGCCAGAAAUUAGGGGCAAGAUUUAAACUAUAUUAUUAUGUCUCCCACCACACAGUGGUGUGGGAGACAUAUUGAUUUACUCCAGUCUGUGUGUGUGUCUCUGUCUGUCUGUCUGUCACAAAGCUUGUCCGCACUCUUAAGUGGAACAUUUCUCAUCCGAUUUUCACCAAACUUAAACAGAAUGUGUUUGACCAUAAGACAUCGGCCAAGUUCGAUAUCUAGCCAAAUUGGUCGAGGCAUAUUGGAGUUAUGGCCCUUGAAUUACCGAAAAUCAGCCUUUUUGCUCUUGUCCGCACUCUUAAGUUGAACAUUUCUCAUCUGAUCUUCACUAAACUUGAACACAAUGUGUUUGACCAUGAGACCUUGGCCAAGUUCGAUACCUAGCCAAAUUGGACCAGGCAUAUUGGAGUUAUUGCCCUUGAAUUACCGAAAAUCGGCCUUUUUGCUCUUGUCCACACUCUAAGUUGAACAUUUCUCAUCUGAUCUUCACUAAACUUGAACAAAAUGUGUUUAACCAUGAGACCUUGGCCAAGUUCGAUAACUAGCAAAAUCGGUCUAGGCAUUUUGGAGUUACGGCCCUUGAAUUACCGAAAAAUAAGCCUUUUUACUCUUGUCUGCACUUUAAGUCAAACAUUUCUCAUCCGAUAUUCACCAAACAUGAACAAAAUGUGUUUGACCAUGAGACCUUGGCCAAGUUCGAUAACUAGCCAAAUCGGUCCAAUCAUUUUAGAGUUACAGCCCUUGAAUUACCGAAAUAAUCGGCCUUUUUACUCUAGUCGGCUCUCUAAGUCGAACAUUUCUCAUCCGAUCUUCACCAAACUUGAACAAAAUGUGUUUGACCAUAAAACCUCAGGCAAGUUCGAUAACUAGCCAAAUCUGCCCAGGCACUUUUGAAUUAUGGCCCAUGAAUUACUGAUUGGAUCCUCUCGUCCAGACCAUCUAAUUGGAUCCAAUCAUCUAAACCAUCUAGAGAAACUAGACAUUUUUCAUAGGGGCAGUUGUUGGAGACAUGCGCUUUUCUCAAAAGCAUCUCUAGUAUUAUCAUUGUGUAGCUGUACAUUUUAAUAUUGCAAUGACUAAAUAAGGUUGUGAGUUAAGAUAUUAAUUUGUUCUUUUUUUUAUGAAGUUUUGAGUAGCAGAAUGGUUAUAAAUUGCCUGCAGUCAUGCUCAACUCUAAAUUUUGAUGUUACACUUUACCUGGCUAAAUUUCUACAAUGAACUUGUCCAUAGUACCAUUGUUAAAAGUGUUGCUUACCAAAAAAGAUAGUGACAAAAUGGCGAACAGUGCAGAUCAUGAUCAGACUGCACAGAUGUGCAGGCUGAUCUUGGUCUGCACUGGUCACAAAGGCAGAAUCACUUGUCGUCAGCUGUCUAAGGGUUAAAGUAAAGUCUUAAGUUGAACAGAAUUAGUGUCUACAGAUUUUCUGUAAAUGGUGCACGUUCUUUUUUUAGCUCGACUUUUCAAAAAUGUAGAGCUAUUGCACUCGCCCCGGCGUUGGUUAAAGUUUUUGAUAAAGUCAAAUAUCUCUGUUACUAUGAAAGCUAUUGAUUUGAAACUUAAAAUAGAUAUUUACUAUCAAAGUCUACACCAGGAGAAACAAUCCCCAUAACUCUGAUUUGAAUUUUGACAGAAUUAUGCCCCUCUUUAACUUAGAAUUUUUGGUUAAAGUUUUUUAUAAAGUCAAAUAUCUCUGUUACUGUCAAAGCUAUUGACUUGAAACUUAAACUACUUAUUUACCAUCAAAGUCUACACCAGGAGAAACAAUCCCCAUAACUGUGAUUUGAAUUUUAUUGUAACAGAAUUAUGCCCCUUUUUAACUUAGAAUUUAAAAAAAACAAAAUUUGAUAAAGUCAGAUAUCUCUGUUACUAUUAAAGCUUUUGACUUGAAACUCAAAAUAGUUAUUUUCUAACAAAGUCUACACCAGGAGACACAAUUCCCAUAACUCUGAUAUUAAUUUUGACAGAAUUAUGUCCCUUUUUAACUUGGAAUUUUUUUUACUGGCAAAGCUCUAAUUCAGAGUCAAGCACUGAGAAAAGUCGAGUGCGCUGUCUUACGGACAGCUCUUGUUAUUAAGCAUAAAAAUUUGACAGCAGUGGAUGAGAGCAUAAAGAAUUAUUCUGCAGUGGAUGAGAGCAUAAAAAUUAUUCUACAGUGGACGAGAGCAUAAAAAUUUAGACUGCAUUUGGAUGUAAAAGUGACCUUAUUUUUGUGUUUAUUAUGCAAAUGUUGUAAAUAAUAGUUAAUAAGAAAAUGAAAUCUUGAAAGUUGUGAGAGGUGCAUCUAUAUCCCAUAUUAUCUCAUAAUGCUGUACAAACUGUAAAUAUUUUACAUAAAUUUGAAAUAGAACAUGUGAAAGGCAGCUGUUAGAUUAUGAUUUAGAUGUUAGAAAUAUGUUGUUAGAAUUUAAAAAAUAUUGACUGCUCUGAGUAUGGUGCAGUUGAACUGUUGUUUAUGUUAUGUCUGUACAAACUUCAUGCUUGCACAUUUUCUUUUUUUUUUCAUGUACAUGUUUGAAAGGGGUAAAAUUUGAGAUUGAAAUAUUUUGUUGGUUAUCUUUGGUCUGUUGUUGGUUAAAGAAUAGAAAACAUGUUUUUGGUAACCAGUGUACAUUUUGCUUUAAUGAAAUCCUUCAGCGAUAUUGUUUAGUAGAAUUGUAUAGUGAGAUUCAGAAUAACUGUUCCAGCAAUGGUCAUAGACAUAUUCAGAAGUAAGCAAUAUUAUUGGGACAUAGGGUGAAUACGUAUUCACAGUCUACAUAAAUUUGGAUCGUAAACUUUAUGUUCAGGAAGUGCACAUAUAUUUUUGUAGUACUUACAAAAAAUGAUAACUGACCAUUUUUACAGUAGACAAUUAACUUUGCUGGACUGGCCAUUUUGAACCUGAUUAUACUUAUCACAAAUUGGUCUGUGUUUUAUGGUUGUUGUUAAAUAGAUACAAGGGUAGUUUGUCACACAUGCUGAUAGAAAUUUUGCAAACGUUGGUUCAGUUUUUUUCUUGGCAGGGUGCAUGUUGAUUUAUUUUUCUCUAUUAAUGAAAUACUGUGUAGCGUUGUGUAUUAAAUAUGUGUACAUUUCACUGUAAAUAUUUGAUUAGUAUGUCAUCCUUCUCUAACACGUGUGAUUCUCAUUAGAUUAAUAAAAUAUUUAUUUAUGCAGAA